AUGGCUAUCUCCGAGGCGACGGCCAAUCGUAAAAGACGGGCAGAAAUUCUGAAGCAGAGGCGGCGUGAUGGAAAAGUAAAACAGGUCAUGUCUUCAACGCUGAGGAAUAAACGCGCCGCGGGUGCCAAACUCAAGGCGGACAAGCUGGCUCAAAGAGAAAGAGCUCAGCGAGAGAAAGGGGAAAUGCGUGCCGAGAUUAAAGCGCAAAAGAAGGAGAUCAGGGAGGAGAGGAUGCGCAAUGCCAAACUAGAAAGAGAAUUGCGAUCGGCAGACGCUCGUGAAGCCAGACAGAAGAGAGAAACAAGGAAGAAGGAUGCGUGCACUGAUACCAAUUUGAUGGCUAUCCGCCAAGCUAUGAUGGCGGCGGUGCCGACAGCUUUGGAGAUGAGAGAUUUGACGAGCGCGGCUUUCUCGCGGCGCAGAGAAACAAUGAGCUCCGCGUGGACCUCACUAAGGAAGUUUCUCGUCGCGUGUCACAAGAAGCACUUUGAGUCCGUCAAGAAGAAAAAAGUAGCUAAAGCACCACGAAAUCCGUCGAAAGGUUCAGGUGUCCCUGUUUUUAAAAAUCGGGCAGUAUUCCUGCCUGAUAUAGGUCAGGUCAUUGACGAAGCCGCAUAUAAAAAAGCUACAGCGGCCGCGUUCGGCCAGGGAAACGUCCGUGCACCUGGAAUACCAAAGAAGAGGGGAAAGUCGCCCAGAAUAGCUCCUAUUUUCCUCGGAACCAAUGUCUAA